CCUCCUCUCUCUCUCUCUCUCUCUCUCUCUCUCUCAGGGUUUCAGACCAGCUAAAGAAACCAAUUCCUCUCUCUCUCUCUAAAUUGGUUUCUUCUCUCUAAAUUGCAAUGGCUCCGCCAAGAAGAUUAGGAAGAACCACCACCUGGUUCUUGUUCUUCUCCCUGGCCGCCCUCCUCGCCGCCACCGAUGCCGCCACCGCCUCUCCAAAAUCCGACACUCUCCACCGGGCUUCUCGACAGCGGGAGCUGCCUGUGUUCCAUGAGGCCCCGGCCUUCCGCAAUGGCCGCGAAUGCCCCCGCAUCAGAGAAGAGACGAAUGCAGCACCGUCCGACGAUCCUGCACUCAUCCACAUCACGAUGACGCUUGAUGCGACCUAUCUCCGGGGAUCGGUGGCCGGAAUACUGUCUGUGCUGCGGCACGCGUCGUGCCCCGAGAAUCUCUUCUUCCACCUUCUGGCGUCUCACCGGGCCGACGACCUCCGCCGCACACUCGUUGCGACGUUCCCAUAUUUGAGCUUUCGGCUCUAUAAGUUCGACCCACGGUCGGUGCGUGACAAGAUCUCGUUGUCGGUUCGCCGUGCCCUCGACCAGCCACUCAACUAUGCACGCAUAUACCUCGCCGACCUCCUCCCGCCCUCAGUCCCCCGCGUCGUGUACCUCGACUCCGACCUCGUGGUCGUCGAUGACAUAGCGAAGCUAUGGGCCAUCGACCUCGAUAACCAGGUGCUCGCCGCCCCCGAAUACUGUCACGCCAAUUUCACCAAGUAUUUCACCGACGCGUUUUGGGCCGAUCCUGAGCUCACAAAAACGUUCAAAGAUCGUUCGAACAAGGCCUGCUACUUCAACACAGGAGUGAUGGUGAUCGAUUUGAGCAAGUGGAGAGAGGGGGGUUACACACAGAGAUUGGAGUCUUGGAUGGAAGUCCAGAAGGGAAAGAGAAUUUACGAGCUGGGUUCGUUGCCUCCGUUUCUGCUGGUUUUCGCCGGCAAAGUGAGGGCGGUCGAGCAUCGAUGGAACCAGCACGGUCUGGGAGGCGACAAUUUGAAGGGAUUGUGCCGGGAUUUACAUCCGGGGCCGGUGAGCUUGCUGCAUUGGAGCGGGAAGGGGAAGCCAUGGCUCAGGCUCGACUCAGGGCGCCCGUGCCCACUCGACAGCCUGUGGGCGCCUUACGAUCUUGUCCGUGUGUGGCCAUUCUUGGCCGACUGAAUCGGACUUCUCUCUCUAGAUUUCCCUUGUCAUUUUUCACUCCUUAUUCUCCACCCCACGUGCUGAAAUUUCAUCAGUGCUCUGCAAAUCGCUCCACUUGCUGAAAUUUCAUCAAUGCUCUGCAAAUUGCUCUGAGAAUGAGGUUGAAAGAGAAACCCAGAGAAAAAAAAUACGGACCCGGGUUCAGAGAGAGAAUCCCAUCAAUGAUCUUUACUUGUUUUAGAGAGAGAAACCUAAGAAUUCACGGCUACACAGCCAUAUGGAUGAGUGAGAAAGCGGCAGGUGUAAAAAACAAUUUUUGGGGGCGAUUUCUUUGUUGUAUAGAUAUUCUUUCCAUUUAAUUUUUUAAUUUUUUUUUACCCCAAAAUUUUCUUCUUGCAAUUUUAUUUUUAUAUUCGAUUCAAUAUUCUAUUUUCCAGAUGCAAGUUGUAUUUAUUUUUUUAUUUUUUUUGAAGGGAACCAAUGCGAGUUGUACUCUCUGUCUCUCUCUCUAUCGUCUUGGGGCUGGUGAAUGUGGGAGCAGAGCCCUGUGUAUUUGUGAGUUCUCUUUGUUCCAAUUCCUCAGACAGUGCAUAGAAUAAGGUUGAGUGAAGUUUUUAGAGAGAGAGAGAGAUAUUUAGAAGAGAGAAAGAGAAGAGAAGGGAGAGCAGUGGCUAAUGAGAAUCAAUGGAGGGUUGGGAAUCUUUACCCAUUAUUUGAAUUAA